AUGGUCCGAAACUGCAAUGAAUGCAUAAAUGCGAGACCUAAUCCUCCUAAGUCAGUACUAACUCCGUGGAAAUGGCCACAAAGACAAUGGACGAGAGUGCAUUGCGAUUUGUUAGGUCCGUACAAAAACAAAACAUUCUUAAUUAUUGUCGAUGCAACCACAGAGUGGCUAGAAGUUUUUCAAGUAAAUUCGAUGACAGCACAAACGGUCAUAACAAAACUGUCUGAGUUAAUUGCACGUUUUGGCAUUCCCAGAACAAUAACAACUGACAAUGCAAAAUGUUUUAAUGGCGAUGAAUUCCAGUCAUAUUCCUCAAAUGGAUUUGCCGAAUCUGGAAAAUACUGUACACUCAACCACAAAUGA